AUGGUAUUUUGGCGCCAUUUUGAAUUUCACUUUUUACAUUUUGCUUUCCCUUCUCGGCUUCUGCAAACAGGAUUUCCUGCUAACGGAAACAAACCCAGGAAAAUACCGCUAACCUUACUAAUUCAAUUAAUGUUUUAGUUCUAAGAGACAAGGGCAGGUCUAUUGAUAUUUAAAAAGCUACCGAGAUGUCUUACAAGUUUAAAACGGGUUUAAACCGGGUGGUGGCUGUAAACAGAAUAGCCCCCAAAAAGCAGGAGGCAACAGCAGAGGGAGUUAAACAAGAUGAUAAAAAGAAGCCUGCACAGGAGACUGGGAUGGCUAAAUCACUCAAAAGUACUGUGGAUAAAGUUCGUUUGAGACUAAAAGUAUCCAAUAUGCUUGGGGGGCAGCUUGCAGAUGCAGAAGAUGAGGAAGCAAACAAGGAAUUCACUGCAGCAUUCCAUGCUAAACAGAACCAGGAAGAGGACCUGUUAUUGCUGAAUGAGAAGGAUGAGGAGAGCAUGUGGGAUAUAGUGGACAUGGAUGAUGAAGCUAUUGAGGAGUAUGCUUCCAAUGAGCUUGUAGGGCAGUUCCUAUCCAAUAAGGUUUUCCGCACAAGCAUCCUUGCUGUUAUCCUCUUCAACAGCUUGCUCAUAGUAGUGGAGACUGACCAAGAUCUGGAACGCCAGUACAGCCACCUGUUUGCAGUUCUGGACCAAUGUAUCAUGACCAUCUUUGUUUGCGAGAUUUUUGUGAAAUGGUACCACGGCUUUUUCAUGUUCUGGAAGAUGGGCUGGAAUGUUCUGGACUUCUUCAUUGUGGUCGCAUUGCUGCUAGGGCCAUUACUAAGCACGGAUUCAGGCAGCAGGGGGGUGUUGAGGAUACUAAGAGUACUACGAGCCUUCAGGAGUCUUAGGAGCAUAAGCUCCCUCCCUGGUCUACAGAUCGUGGUACGAACUAUCUUGCAGUCAAUUCCAGACAUGGCGAACAUUGUCCUUCUUCUGGUCAUUAUCAUGCUCGUGUUUUCCGUUAUCGGGAUCACACUCUUCCGAGAUGUUGUGCCAAAGUAUUUUGGCAACCUAUCCACUGCUAUGUUCUCAUUAUUCGUCUGCCUUACCCAAGAUGGCUGGAUGGAAAUAUUCAGCGAAUUCCGCAGUAAGGGAGAGACGUACUAUGUCGGAGGCGGGUUUUACUUACUCGUGUUUAUCGCCAUCGGUGCUUUCGUGUUUGCCAAUCUGGUGGUCGCAGUUGUCGUAACAAAUCUUGAAUUUGCGAUGGAAGACGUUAAAACAGAAGGCAAGGAGCGCGAAGUCGAUGAUUUGAAAAGUAAACUGGAAUCUGAAAAUGAUCUUGUGAACACUACCAGUUGCACUGAUAUCCCGGUCAGCUCGUUUAACAAGCAGAUGCCCUUCCAGAUACCGGACUUUAGCGAACUUCCCGUCGAUAAACUGGAAAGUUAUUUUACCAUACUCUACGCACUGGAAAGCAACCUUGCACAGUAUGUCAAGAUAAAAGAUGAAAUCAUCGAGAUAUUUGGAGAGAUCAACUUCAUCCAGGACAAAGCAAGAAAAGAGGGCAUCCUAAAAGAUGAAGAACUAGCACAACAUUCUCAGUCUAAAGCAGUUCCGCUACAAGGCGGGGAUCUCAUGUCCAACCUGAUGGAGAUGGAGAGCGGGCGGAUCUUUGACUCUAGUAGGGACACCCUUGCUGCUAUCAUUAAGGAAGGGGCAAAGGCUGCUAUUCAACGAUGAUCUUCAGAACUAGGCUAUUACCAUGGAAGCUGUCAGGGCUGCCAUUCAUCAAUGAUUUUCAGUACUACUUAUCACACUUGCUGCUAUUAUCAAGGAAGGUCCCAGAGCUGUUAUUCAUCAAUGAUCAUCAAUACUACAUUAUCACACUUGCUGCAAUCAUAAAGAAAGGUGCCAGAGCUGUUAUUCAUCAAUGAUUUUCAGUACUACUUAUCACACUUGCUGCUAUAAUCAAGGAAGGUGCCAGAGCUGUUAUUCAUCAAUGAUCAUCAAUACUACAUUAUCACCAACGAAGGAGGGCUGUAAUUGAUCGAU